GGGACAGCCCCAGCAGUCAGCAGGCUCAGGCACCAGGGCAACAGGAAGAAGAGGGAUCAGAUGGAGCAGAAGCACCAGCAGUUGUGCCGCAAACAACUGUUGUUUGAAUGCUGUUUGACGAGAAAGCAACUGGGGAUGCAGCACGAAGGAAUCCCUCAGCAGAUGCCAUAAUGGAGGUCCGAUCCUAUUUGGAGGAGCAACUCCAUGAUCUGCAGAUCCUCUGAGCUGGUGGAAGAACAAGGCCUCUGUCUACCCACGGCUUACUAAAGUCAUGACAGGGAGACUCUGCAUAGUGGCCACAUCCGUUCCCUGUGAGAGGGUCUUCUUGAAAACGGGACAAAUAAUUACUGAGAGAAGAAACCGCAUCAGCCCCUUGAAAGUGAGGCAGCUUGCAUUUCUGAAUGCAAAUCUCUCAUAAAAGCAGCAUUGGUCAGCAUUGUUGUGUGCUGCUGGUUAUAACAUGGCAAGAAAGACGAGAGAGAAAAGAGAGACCAGUUAAAUGUUUUAAGUGGGAUGCUGCAGUUUUGCAAAUUGUUAUUUAUUUUUCUUUGAUAUAGUGCAGUAUUCUAUUAUGCUGUUCAGAUUGUAUUCGUUUUGAAUGGUUAGAUUUAUAUGCACUUUGUUUUAUAUACAUUCAAAAGUUAUACUUUAAAUGCAAAUGUUUAAUAGCAUUAUUUUUCAUAACAAACUAAUGCAUUUUUAAAUACAUUGUGGUUAAUGUAGAGUAUGAUUUCAUUUAAUAAUUUAAUUAGAAUCGUUUUAACACCAAUCAUAAUCAAACUAUCGCAACUGUUUGACUUGAAAAAAUACAAAACAUAUCUUUUUUUAAAGAGCCGUUUUGGAGCUAAAAGAGCUUACUGAAAAGAACCGGAAUGUCCAUCACUAAACCCGGUACAGUAGGUGGCGGCAAUUCACCGAAAUAUGUAGUCUGCCAUAAAACCUGAAGACGAAGAAGAAGAAGUUCAGUGCACAGAAGCUUCUACAGUAAAUAGCUUACGUUGUACAUUGAUAAAUAAGAAGACAUGCUUUCCGUCCUCACAUUGCUAUUGAUCUUAUUCAGUCUAAAUGAGGCCAAACAGAAAGAUUUGUACACUUUCAAAGUUGUUAAUAGCAGAGGGAGAUUAGUCUCUUUGGAAAAAUACAGGGGUUCGGUGUCUCUUGUGGUGAAUGUGGCCAGUGACUGUGGCUUCACUGAGGAUCACUACACAGACCUUCAACAGCUGCAGAGGGACUUUGGGCCAUCCCACUUCAACAUCCUGGCCUUCCCCUGCAACCAGUUUGGCCAGCAGGAGCCUGGCAGCGACAAGGACAUUGACGCCUUUGUACGGCGUGUCUACGGAGUCUCCUUCCCCCUCUUCAGCAAGAUUGCUGUGGUGGGCACCGGGGCCAACAAUGCCUUCAAGUACCUUGUGGAGAUGUCAGGAAAAGAGCCUGACUGGAACUUCUGGAAGUACCUCAUCGAUACAGAUGGGAAAGUCGUGGAUGCCUGGGGACCCAGUGUCUCUGUCAAAGAACUCCGACCUAAAAUAGCUGAAAUGGUACGGAAUAUCAUCCUCAAGAAGAAAGAGGAACUUUAACUCAACACCUCAAGACCCAUCUGACAAUCUAUUCAGGAAUAUCCUAUGUGAUUGAAAUCCACUGUCUGCAACAAAAACACCCCGAGCAUCAUAGAAAUACGCACCAAGCACCACACACUCCAAGCACCACACACUCCAUAUGGUAAAUGUUGUAUUCUACAGAUGUAGGAUCUUAAUUUGAGCUAGUUUGCUACAUCAGGAAAAUAAUCCUGUAGCAAUAGAAAAUGUGAAUUAUUAUGUGGAUUAUAAUUAAUGGGCAUUUUUGUAGGUGUUGAUACAUUUUUAGGGAAAAUCAAGUCUGGAAUUUCAAAUGUGAAAUUACAAGCUUCAGAAGCCUUUUUAAACCUCAAAUACACUAAAUAGUUGAAAAUCUCCUGCAACAGGGUGAUCAAAUUAUGAUCCUGUAUCUGUGCCCCUAUUAACUUUUAUGAAACCACCUCUACGACUGCAUUCAGCAUACUGAUAUCCUCUUUUGGAAGCAGUUGAUCUGCCUGCGAAAAACUCUCAUCAGUAAUCAGAGCUUAUUGUUGUGCUGUUGAGAGGUUCUUUGUAUUGGAUUGCCUUUUCAUGGUACAUGUGUGCACAUUAAUAAAUAUACUUUUACAAAGUGG